AUGAGAAAAACAAUUAAGAGAAGCAGCAGAAAGGGAAAAGGCUGCGAUGGAACAGCGACUUUUGCAAUAUCAAGAGGAAAUAAGACGAAUGAAGCUCUUAAUGUUUAUACUGUGUAUCUAUUUUACAAUUGUUCUUACGUUUUACAGAGAAGAUCUGAAGAAACGGCAGAUCUUUUAGCUGAGAAAAGUCGUGUAGCAGAAGAAGAAGCAAUGCUUUUAAGUCAGAAAGCGUCGGAAGCUAAACAAGAAAUUACUCGUAUACGGCUGAACAACAUGAAGACUGAAGAAGAAAAGGUCCAUUUAGAACGAAAAACUAGAGAGGCUGAAUUAUUAACGGAAAGACUGGUUCAAGAAUCGGAACGUAGAGCUGCUGAAGCGGAAAAGUUGAAGGAUGAGCUAUUACGAGCAAGGAUCGCAGAAAAAGAAGCUAAAGAAAAAUUGUUAGAGUUCCUGAGUAGAAAUGCCUACACUGCUACCAUAACCCCUGUGCCAAAUCUAUUUCCCUCUACGCAAGUGCUUCCAUCAGAUCUACAAGCAGAUCUUCAGACUUUGCAACUAGACGCAGAACCUUUACCACCAGACUUAACAUCCUAUGAUCUUAUUGGUGAUGGAGAUGUCGAUUAACUUUCAUUAGAGAUUGAAAGGGAAAGGAGUGAUUAUUUGGAGAAGAGUAAACAUUUGCAGGAACAAUUGCGAGAAUUACGUUCCGAAAUUGAGGGUCU